CAAUGGGGAGAUUUACUGCCGAGGAAACAACAAACACGGGAAUAUAAACGUGUUUAUAAAUCAACCCGUUAAAGUUGUAUUCUGUUUUCCCCGUAACCUGUUUUUAUACAUCGUAUCGUUGCUGAAACGUACUUACCCCAGGUUUGCGUCACAUCUGAUAAAUCUAUAACGCGUUGGACAGAAUUUAGGGUCAUACACUCCCUCAGUAUCAGCACUGAACAGUGGACACACACUUUACACGAAAUGUCUCUAGUCAAGCAGAACCUUCACCCGAAUAAUGAGGCAAACAUCAACAAACUGGUCAACCUCAAACUGACAGCCUCAUAUGUGUAUCUCUCACUGGGAAUGUAUUUUGACAGAGAUGAUGUGGCUCUGCCAAACUUCUCAAAGUUUUUCCUGGAGCGUUCACUGAAGGAGCGGGAUCAGGCGGAGCACCUGCUGGAGUAUCAAAACACAAGAGGAGGACGAAUCGUUCUGCAGACCAUUGCGAAGCCCAGUCGUGAUGAUUGGAAAGGAGGUAUGGAGGCUCUCACUUUUUCUCUGGACCAUCAAAAGUCUCUUAACCAAUCCCUGCUGGAGGUCCAUAAAGCAGCUGGAGAAAACUCUGACCCUCAUCUGUGUGAUUUCCUAGAGAGCAACUUCUUUACCGACAGUCAUGACACCAUUAAGAUGCUGGGUGACUACGCUGGCAGCCUGAGUCGCCUCAUCUCUUCUGACCCGCAUGGAAAAAUGGGAGAGUACCUGUUUGACAAGCACACUCUCUGAUCCGCUCGGAUCUGAGUUUUGUUGCCAACAUUCCGUUAAACAAUAUGUGCAUUGUAGGGGUGGAACGGUACACUGAUGUCACGGUUUGGUACGUACCUCGGUUCGGGGGUCACAGUUCGAUACGAUUUCGGCAAUACAUAUACCGUAUUUUUCGGACUAUAAUCGCACCUGGGUAUAAGUCGCAUCAGUCCAAAAAUAUGUCAGGAUGAGGAAAAAACAUAUAUAAGUCGCACUGGACUAUAAGUCGCAUUUAUCUAGAACCAAGAACCAAGAGAAAACAUUACCGUCUCCAGCCGCGAGAGGGCGCUAUAUGUUCAGUGGUGUAGACUGCAGGAGCACUGAACAGCAUAGAGCGCCCUCUCACGGCUGGAGACGGUAAUGUUUUCUAUUUGUUCAUUUCUGUUAGUUAAUUUCUCUCGGUUCAUGUCAAAUUAAUUUUGAUAAAUAAGUCGCACCUGACUAUAAGUCGCAGGACCAGCCAAACUAUGAAAAAAAAAGUGCGACUUAUAGUCCGGAAAAUACGGUAUACAUACAAGGAAUAAAUUCUUGAAAUAAAUUUGAUUUAGUUUACAGAUAAACAAGGGGAAAACAGUGCGACAGGUAACGUAACCUAUAUACGCAGAGUUUCAAUACAUUUUUGUGUCACACUUAUUUUAGCAACAUCCUGUUUGUUUUCUUUCUUUAAAAAAAAAGCAUGUUUUGUUUUCAUUUUGAGUGUACACACAUGAAAGCAGACCUUUUUACAGUGAUGCAUUAUUAAUAAGACGAGUGUUUCAAGUUGAUUCUGCUGGUGUAAGGAAGCAGUAAAGUGACUGUGCAUGCGCACAAACACAACACAUCAGUUCUAGCAUUGCUAACUUAACAGCACGGUUGGUAUUUUAUCAAAAUAAAAUACAGUGAACCAAACAUCAGCAUGCCUGCCUCUAUGUCACCGUUUGAAUGUUAAUGAAGUACAAAGCCUAGAAUUUACAAAAUAGAUAAUAGUUUAGAAUUCGGAUACGUUACUUCGCAAAUAUUGAAAAAUUAUGGAAUACCGUAAUUCCUCAAAUAAUAACCGGUAGUCAAAUAAACGAAGGGCCUCUUAUAGUGGCUGGGGGCCUGGUCAACACGGACAAAUAAAGGCCGGGGGAAAAUUUGUGCAGCAGAGCCAGAAAACGAACGUACACGCCCACUGCCGGAGCAUUUCUCGUUCUCGAGUCAAGAACCGGUUGCAUCGGUUUUUGGAUCACCAGUACACUGAACUGAGAACUGUUUCUGUUUGACGCGUCCAAUUCGAGAACUGAGGAGCUGAUGAUACUGCGUGUGUGUGAUUCAGUUUGAAGCAGACUGACACACAGAGCGUCUGAACCGAACUGAUUCUUUUGGUGAUUGAUUGUGAACAGAUUCUGUGCUAAUGUUAUGAUCUCUGUCCACUGGAACACUAUAACUUUUAAUUUAAAAUGGGUUAUUUAAAACAAUUACUUAUCAAACUAGGAAUUAGAAAUAAAGGCCUGCCUCUAACAAAAGCCUGCUUCAAAUAAAAGCCUGUUAGCUUCUGCAGUUCAGGUAAAUAAAGGCCCCGGCUUUUAUUUGAGGAAUUACGGUAUUUGGAUUUGUGCCGAAUGAGAGAGGUAGGAUACAUGAGCACAAAGCUCCAUUUCGCAAACAGUUGAGUGCACAAGCCUUUAAAUCUACUCCUUAGUUGUGAGAGACACAUUCAGAGUCAGCACAUGGUCACUGUCUAGCGGGCUUUGUUUUCAAAUGCACAACUCACGCUACUUGCUGUUCUUUUGCUGGCGGCUGGUUAUCAAAACGUGUUGCAUUGCUGCAUCACCCUCUUUUUGAUUGGGGAGAAUUACCUGUAUUCUUUGUAAGGCCUCAUGCAUCGAACUGUGAUGUCUGUACCGUGAUGGUUCGGUAUGUAUCGUUCCACCCCUAGUGCAUUUUUUAAAGGAGUUUAAUUUUUUUUUCUCAACCAUUUCAUUUCUUUUUCACCUUUCAAAAGAGACAUUUUGGUAAGAACUGCCCAUUGUUUUGACACCACAAUUUAAAGUGUUUUAAUCCAUAUAUAAGUGGGACUAUACUGUGAAAUGUGCAAAUCCAAACAUGGCACCCUUGUGUUAAAACCUUAACUACCCCAUGUCUGUUUACAAAAUUGAAUAAGUGCUAAGAUAAAGCUAUAUCUUAUGGAAGGCCAGCCUAUAGGCUCCUGUAAGUUCUUCAGGAGAGUUUUAGUACAGUGCACUUGUGAAAAUUGGUGUUUGUGAAUGUAUUGUACUCCGAAACUUCUGUUACUGUGGAUUGUUAGACCUCGAACAUGGUGCUUAAUUCCAAUAUAGCAAUAUCAAUAAAUCAAGCGUUCCAAAAACAAGUCUUGUACCUUUAAUGCAACCUCUGUACAGUAUUAUUUUUUUUAGAAAGCAGGCCAUUCACUUCUCAAGUUUCAUAAUCAAACUGAUCAAAUCAUUGACAGAUCAGAGUAUAAUGACCCAUGGAACUUGCUUUCCUGCUCGUAAAGUUGAAAUGCUGUCUCUUGUCAAAAUGGGGAGUGUUUGUAAAGAGAAUUUGUCAUUUAUUUGUAAAUUAAAGUCAGAAGCAAGUUA